AUGAAUGCUUUCUUUGACGGGUACGUUCAUGCUAGGACAAACUUAAAAGAGUUUGUUGAUCAAUUCGAUAAUGCGUUGAGAAAGAAGAUUGAGAUCGAAAAUGCAGCGGAUUUUCACUCAUUCAACGUUACAAUUCCUGUUGUCUCUAUUUUUCCACUUGAGAAGAUAUUUCAAGCCAUAUAUACUAACUCUAAAUUUAGAGAAGUUCAAAAAGAAGUAGUGGGAAUGCUUGAUGUUCUUCCAACUCUACACCAAAAAGAUGGUAUAAUUGCAACGUAUCAUGUAGAAGAUGAAAUAGAAGUUGAUGAUUUCAUUAAGGAGGUGACCCAAACGGUGUACUUUAAUGAGGCCGAAGUUGUUGUGAAGUGUUCAUGCUCACUGCUCGAAAUGAGAGGGAUAUUGUGUAGACAUGCAUUAGCCAUUAUGAGAGUUAACAAAGUGAAAAAUGUGCCAGAAAAUACUUAUGACUCAGUUGAUGCAAGGCCAGAAGUGAGCAGAUAUUCACGUAUAUUGAAGGUAUGCUAUGACGUUGCCACAAAUGCAGCGUCAUGUGAUGAGCAUGCUGAUGAUAUGAUAGAUAAGUUAUAUGCAAUGAACAUCACCUACUGCACCAAGAAGUUGCCCCAACGACCCUUGGAACAUGUUACAGAUGCAACUGUCGAUGCAAGUGCAUCUGAGAGUUCAAAGAAAGUCCUAAGUCCCCUUGUAGUUAGAGGCAAAGGAAGACUGCUAUGCCUUAGGAAAAAAGCAAUGAUUGAGAGAGUCAAACCCACGAUGAAGAAGACUACUCAGAAGGGAAAAUCCAUCGAUAGGGUUGACAUGUGCAUGAAUUUGUUUGGGCAACCGGUUGUUGGGACUCAAGAGAGUGUUGUCAUUCACGCAGCUCAUGAUUCUAUAUGUUGA